CAUACAUUUAUUUCAUUUAUGUCACCAUAGAAACCUCUCCCCAUUUUUAUUUCUAUACAACAACUAUAGACUGUUUCUUAAAACUAUUUGCCAUCAUAAGCAAAAAAAAAAAAAAGAGGCAUUAAAAAUAUUAUGUGCAUCUCAAGCAUCAACAAGAAACAUUUGCUCAACCAUGGACCAACCCUCACAACCUUCUUCUUCUUCGCCCACGGUCCGGCUCGGUGGUCGAGCCAUCGACCGUCAUAACCCAAUCAUACGUGACGGCCGGAGGUUCACUCCUCCACCUUCUCCUAACCAUAACUCCUCAUCUGCUCCUCCUUCUUCGUCUUCUACGUAUCAUACUCCUCUCAAGACUAGACUUGGUCUAGAGAGCAGCGAGGCAACACGUGUUUCGAAGAGGAAGAGCAAGAAAAGUCAAUUUGACGCUGGUAAGUCACCCAUUAGUUGUUUUACCAGUGACACUCCUCAAGGCUCUUCAAGGUACUUAUUGAGCAACCCGGUUUUCUUUGACGGGUUUGUGGAUUCUGACCCGAUUCCAUUACCUAUUGAACCGGAGAUAACCAUGGAUGAUGAUUUGGAUAAGAAUCAUGAAGAUACAUUGGUAAUAAACGCCUCUAAGCAUUUAUCUUCUUCUCAGUCUUUCUUGGAGAAGAAGCAACCUGAUUUCUUCGAUGGGUUCUUGGACUAUGACCCGGUUAUGUCUCCUGAUAACCCUUUCUCUGAACCCACUAAAGAUGCUUCGUCUCCGGAUAAUCCUUUGUCUGAACCCACAAAAGCUUCUCCGACAGCUUCUCAGAGCUCUCUUGAAGACAAAGAUUCUUCUUCUCCGGAUUUCAAGUUCUCUCCUCCACAACCUCCACCACCUCCUCCUCCACCGUCGCCGCCGCCAAUGGAGAAUAACUCAUCUUCCGACCAAGUGGUAGUCUUGAGAGUGUCACUUCACUGCAAAGGCUGUGCAGGAAAAGUCAAGAAACAUCUUUCAAAACUGAAAGGCGUGACGUCGUUUAACAUAGACUUUGCCGCAAAGAAGGUUACCGUGACGGGAGACGUAACGCCGUUAACUGUGCUAGCGAGUAUUUCCAAAGUUAAAAACGCCCAAGUCUGGCCAGAGACUAUUCAGAAUUAAAGGAGACCGGGACUUCUCUCUCUCCUCCAUGAGAUGAGAUGAAGCUUUCUCCGGUACUCUAUUGGUUCUUUGAUUCUUUUUCUUUGGGUUUUUGCUUCUGGGAAGCCGUUGCUCUUUAAGCAGGUUUCGCCGGCUUUGUUUCCGGAAGAAGGUGGCUCCUUUUGCAUCUUUCUCGCCGGCUCCUUUUCCGCGUCGUGCGGUUCUCUCGUUUCGAUGGCGGUUCUGUUUUGAUUUCUCUGGUUUCUCGAGUGGUGACGCGGUUGAUUUCGUGCUUGAUGUGACAGAUGAGAUCUCGAUUUGUUCGAUUGAUGCUCUCUGAUGAUCUGAAAUUAAGUGGUGAUGGUGCAUG